CUGGAGGAGGAACUAUUGACACUUUUCAUUUUCCUAGGUCCUGGAGUAUUGAAAAAUGCGACUAUCAGUCCAAUAAUGAUGCCGAUGUUGAAGAUUACAGUUCACAGAAUGUCUGAGGCUGGAGAGGUCACGAGGAAAGUAUUCCCUAUCCUGACCGCCCAUAAAACAAUACCAAAGGAGAAACAUAUUGACUUUAGAAAUAAGAAAACUGUUUUAUAUGCUGUCGGAUUCUUGGACAGCUCAGUAUAUCCUCAGAGCCAAGCGGUUGGAACAGCUUACUCUAAACGUGGCUAUAACGUUCUGAUUACAGAGACGAUUGCAUUUCUGACGUAUAUCUACCCAAAAUCAGUUCGAUUGACGCGUACCGUUGGCAAGAAGGUUGGUGAAUUUUUAGUAAAAUUAACUGAAUACGGUUUAACGGCUGACAAUCUAGAACUCGUCGGCGCUAGUCUCGGAGCACACGUGGUUGCCCAUGCUGCUAAAUAUUUUUACGCUGCAACCGGUAAAAAACCAGCAAGACUAACUGGUUUAGAUCCGGCUGGGCCAUGCUAUAGAGCGUUACCACCACCAGAACGACUUGAUAGAUCCGAUGCCCAACGAGUUGAUGUGAUCCAUUCCAACAUAGACGGCUUCGGUAUCGCAGAACCUCUUGGUCAUAUAGAUUUCUAUGCCAAUGGUGGGGAAUUUCAACCGAGUGACAUACCCUAUAUUCCAUGCCUUGUCAUCUGUAGCCAUGUCCGCGCUAUCAUAUAUUGGUGGCAAGCUAUUGAACAUCCUAAGAAAUUUAUUGGAGUAAAAUGUGAUAACGUUCAAGAAGCUAGACUAGCAAGAUGCUACAAUAAUACGCAGAUCAAUUAUCUUGGUCUCUCAGCAGAUUUUUCAAGAACUGGAAUAUAUUAUUUGCCAACCAACAAUGAAUUUCCGUACUUCAGAGGAAAAGAAGGGCUGAAGGCUGAAAACGAAAUCUACAAAUCUACUAUAAGAAAGAUUAAUUCUGAUGAUAUGUUUGUUGUAAUAACCAGUAGUAGUUUUUAUUGCUCUGAUGUAGAGUAA